AUGAUUUCCCCGUUGUCAGGUAGAUUAAAAUCUGCUGCCUUGCUGGCUUUAUCUAAACGGCAGCAAUUUUGCACAAAUAAAUUUUCGCGUUUUAGUAGUGCUGAUAUCAGUAAUCGCAAUAAAAACGCAGUACUAGAUCUUGCUCAGCAAAGAGAACGUAUUGCUACACUGUCUUCUCCAUUAAAUAAACUAUUACUACCAUUCAACAAUAAUAAACGCGUAAAUAUUUUUUGUGUUAUUGUUCCAAAUCGGUGCUAUACGACUGAAACACUGAAAUCAAGCGAAAGUCCCAACACAAAAAAAGUAAAAGAAGGAUCAUUGACAAAUUAUAAUAAUUUGAAAAAUCCAGGACAAAUUCCUCCUGGUUCAAAAUUCCCAAAGAAACCAAAAGCAAAAACGAAAAUUGAAAGUGACACCAGCCCAGCAUUGAAGAUAUUUGAAUUAUUAUCCAUAACCUUUGUUGGGGGUACUAUUGCGCUAAUUAUAUAUUCUGGAAGGCCUUUUGAAAAUGAACGAGAGAAACAAUUUACAAAUCUUCACCCAUUGUUAGCAUGGUACAAAAGACUAGAAGCGCGGACAGAAGAUUUCCUUCAAUUCUUCACUGAACCUCCAUCCGACAAACUUUUGCCUGAUAAAGAAAAUAUACUAAAUUAUCCGCAACAUACACUUCGAGAACAUGGAUGGCGUACAGCAAAACGACCGGGUGUAGACACAUUCUUAGCUUACAUGAGAAGUUUAUUUGAAGUUGUAAUAUUUACAUCACAACCUACAUAUAUCGCUGAACCAGUGGUAGCGAAGCUCGAUCCUUUUCAGCUUGUACCAUUUAAACUUUACCGGGAGGCCACAAAAUAUGUUGAAGGCAAGCAUGUUAAGGAUAUUUCUAAAUUAAAUCGUGACCUUUCAAAAGUGAUUAUUAUGGACUCGAAUCCUGAUGCUUAUUCCCUUCAACCGGAGAAUGCUAUCGCAGUUCCUCCAUGGACAGGAGAUCCAUCAGAUACUUUUCUCAUAGAUAUUAUACCAUUCUUAGAACAUUUCUGUUUACUUGAUAUUCAAGAUGUUCGUCCGGUAUUAGCACAAUUUAAGGGCAAAGAUAUACCUAAAGCUUAUGCUCAAUGGGAGAAAGAAUGGAAAGAGAAACGAAGAUUAGAAUGGGAUGAAAUCAAACAACCAAAGAAAGGAUUGGCAAGUUGGGCCUCUUUUCUUGGAGGUAUGAGUGGUCAUGUGCAAGAGCAAUAUAUCCCACAAUAUCAGCUUCUAGAUCAUAAUCGUAAACUUAUGCGUCAAGAGUUUAUGGAAAAUUAUCGAACAUUAAAAGAGCAAGCACCUGAAAUUCAAAGAUUGAUGCGGGAGGAACAAGAAUACCUCGAAAAACAAUUCAAAGAGAGCAAAACAACUAUUUGGCAGCUGAUAACUCAG